AUGGAUAAUUUCUCGGUUAUUGGAGAACCAGAGGUGGAAGGGGGAGGAGAUGGCGGUGCGAGGCGGAGGCGUAAGGGGAGAGUGAUUGCGGCGGUCUGUUUAACGCUAGUUGCCGCCCUUCACCAUGGAAUCGCAGGGAAGGAAGAUGCGUUAAGAAAAAUGGGGAAGAUCGUGAGACAACGUCGGGCGAGGAUGGGGAGCGUCGGCAGGGGAAAGAAACGGGAGAGAGCGUUCAACGUUGUCGAUUUCGGGGCAAUCGGAGAUGGAAAAACGGACUCGACGUCGUCGUUUCUCAAGGCUUGGAACGCGGCAUGCAACUCAAUUGUACCGGACGCUACGAUGGUUGUUCCACCAGGAAUAUUCUUGGUGAGAUAUAUAACUUUUACGGGCCCGUGCAAAAGCAAUAAUACGGAACUCUUCAUAUUUGGAACUAUUAUUGCUCCCGAUGAUUAUAAAUUCAUCGGCUCUGACCAGUUUUGGAUUGUGUUCUAUCGAGUCAACUGGCUUUCGAUAUAUGGCGGUACGCUCGAUGCUAAGGGGUCUAGUUUGUGGGCUUGCAAGAGUGCGGGAAAUGAUUGUCCGUUCGGAGCAAGGUCGAUAACAUUCCAAUCGUGCAGCUAUGUGCUAGUCAGUGGAUUGAAAUCGAUCAAUAGCCAACGAAUUCAUAUUUCUAUCAAUCAAUGUUCGAAUAUGACUUUACGAAAAUUGGUAAUAAUUGCUCCGAGUCGAAGCCCUAACACGGAUGGAAUCCACAUCGAAUCUUCGACGGGUAUUACAAUUAGCAACAGCAGUAUUGGGACUGGAGACGACUGCAUAUCCAUCGGGCCGGGCUCCAAGAGCUUGCUGAUGGACCAAAUCGCAUGUGGCCCGGGCCAUGGCAUCAGCAUUGGAAGUCUAGGUAGAACUGCAAUCGAGGAUGGAGUGCAAGAUGUGAAUGUCACAAAUUCAAUCUUCACAAUGACUCAAAACGGCGUUAGGGUAAAGUCAUUUCCUACGGCAAGUGACGGAUAUGCGAAGAAUCUUUUAUUCAAGAAUCUCAUCAUGCAAAACGCCUCGAAUCCCAUGAUCAUCGAUCAAGACUAUUGCCCACACGGGACUUGUUCUCAAAAGAAUUCCGCGGUAAAAGUGAGCCAAGUGACAUUCGAAAAUAUAACGGGAACAUCAUGGACACGAAAAGCGUUCACAUUGCGUUGCAGUUCGACUAGUCCUUGUGAUGGAAUACAAUUGAAAGAUAUUGAUCUCCAUUACGUAGACCAUUGGACGAAUCCUACACAAUCGGAUUGUGAAAACGCGCAAGUUUCUUUCAUCGGUUAUGUCUUCCCUUAUAAUAGAUGCUUAUAG